GCAAGCUUGUGAAAAUGUUCUCUACAAACACUGGAAAAUAUAACGCUGAAAAGGCGGACGGUGACGACACCAACGAGAUCGGUUAUCGCCAAUCACGGGAGAAUGAUCAAAUCGACCUCAAGUAUGGGUUCGAGCGGGUGAAAGAUACGCAAGAACGCACAGGCUACCUCAUCAAUAUACACUCGACUGAAGUUUUGAACGAUGAUCGUCGACUGGUAGCAGCGUUAGAUAUGUAUUUCUUACAAAUGGAUGGAAGUCGCUAUAAAACGACCGUCAUUUAUGCUCCUUAUCUUCUACUGAUCACGCACGUAGGAACAUCGCUGGAAGUGGCCAAGUUUCUAGGUAAAAAAUAUUCCGGUCAGUUGCUAGGCAUCGAACACAUCCAAAAAGAAGAUCUUGAUUUGCCAAAUCAUCUUAGCGGUUUGAAGCAGAAUUUGUUGAAAUUAAGCUUUCCCAAUACGACCCAAAUGAAUAAGGUAAAGCGUGAUCUGAACAGCGCGGUACGCAAGAACCGGGAGCGUGAAAAAGCCAACACAUACUACAUGCAAAUGUUGAGUACGUCUUUAUCCACGGCAAUUCGCUUCGACGAUACUGAAAACGAAGGAAGCGUACCGAACCAGAAUGUGGAUUUCUACGACUAUAUUGUCGACAUGCGAGAACAUGACGUUCCAUACCACGUUCGCGUGUCUAUUGAUUUGAAUAUAUUCUGCGGGUCAUGGUAUACAAUUCGAUGUCGUGGAGGAGAUGAGCCACCGGUUAUCACGCCACGACCAGACAUUCUUGAUCGUCCUGAACCGGUCAUAUUAGCGUUCGAUAUUGAAACAACAAAGCUCCCGCUAAAAUUCCCAGAUGCGCAAACUGAUCAAAUCAUGAUGAUUUCCUACAUGAUAGACGGCCAAGGAUAUUUGAUCACAAACCGCGAGAUCAUCAGUGGUGAUGUAGAUGAUUUCGAAUACACACCAAAGCCAGAGUUCGAAGGCAACUUUAUUGUUUUCAACGAAUCUAACGAGCUGGGACUGUUGCAGAAAUUCUUUGAUCAUAUACUCGAGGUGAAACCGCACAUUUUCGUAACGUAUAAUGGUGACUUUUUCGAUUGGCCUUUUGUUGAAACGCGGGCAGCUGUGUACGAUUUGGACAUGCGGCGAGAGAUAGGAUUUUCGAAGGUAAAUGGGCGCGACGGUAAUUACUUGUGUCGGCCGGCGAUGCAUCUUGAUUGUUUGUGUUGGGUGAAACGUGAUUCAUAUCUCCCGGUCGGUUCGCAAGGAUUAAAAGCGGUCGCUAAGAGUAAGCUUCGAUACGACCCUGUCGAGUUGGACCCUGAGGAAAUGUGUCGUAUGGCGGUGGAGCAACCGCAGGUAUUGGCAAACUAUUCUGUUUCAGAUGCGGUGGCCACGUACUAUCUGUACAUGAAAUACGUUCAUCCGUUCAUCUUCGCAUUGGCAACAAUCAUUCCUAUGGAACCUGAUGAAAUUCUGCGGAAAGGCUCGGGGACGCUUUGUGAAUCGUUACUUAUGAAAGAAGCGUUCAAAGUGAAUAUCGUAUUUCCCAACAAGCAAGUUUCUGAGCUGAAUAAACUUUCAAAUGAUGGGCAUGUACUGGACUCGGAAACGUACGUCGGAGGACACGUGGAAGCACUCGAGUCAGGUGUGUUUCGGGCUGACAUCAGCACUCGCUUCCGACUCGAUCCUGAUAUGAUCAAACAAUUACAAGCGAACGUUGAGAAGGUACUGGAGCAUGCAAUCGUUGUUGAAGAAGGCGUUCCAAUAUCGGACGUGGUCAACUUUGAAGAAGUAAAGUCAGAAAUAUUAUCGGCGCUCCAGCAAUUGCACGACAUACCAACUCGACUAGAACAGCCGGUCAUUUACCAUCUCGAUGUCGGAGCUAUGUAUCCGAAUAUUAUCCUUACAAAUCGUCUUCAACCGUCCUCCAUGGUGAGCGAUGCGGAUUGUGCAGCUUGCGAUUACAAUAAACCGGGUGCACGCUGCAAGCGGGAUAUGGAAUGGUUGUGGCGCGGAGAAAUGCUACCAGCGAGCCGAAACGAAUUUCAACGCAUUCAGCAACAACUAGAGACGGAAAAAUUUCCACCACUAUUCCCCGGGGGCCCACAGCGCGCCUUUCACGAACUGUCACGAGAGGAUCAAGCAAAUUACGAGAAAAAAAGGCUGUCUGAUUACUGUCGAAAGGCGUACAAGAAAACGAAAGUUACGAAAUUGGAAACGCGAACAUCUACUAUCUGCCAGAAGGAGAAUAGUUUUUACGUCGACACGGUACGUGCAUUUCGCGAUCGACGCUAUGAAUAUAAAGCAUUAACGAAAGUUGCCAAAGCAGCCGUAACAGCGGCGGUGAAGAGCGGUGAUGCAGGUGAAGUAAAGGCCGCCAAAGGUCGUGAAGUGCUGUACGACUCACUGCAACUUGCACACAAAUGCAUUCUAAAUUCGUUCUAUGGAUAUGUGAUGCGUAAGGGCGCCCGAUGGCACAGUAUGCCAAUGGCGGGAAUUGUCUGUUUGACAGGCUCGAACAUCAUUACGAAAGCGCGAGAAAUUAUUGAACGCGUUGGAAGACCACUUGAGCUGGAUACCGACGGUAUAUGGUGCAUUCUACCGGCAUCAUUUCCUCAAGAGUUUACGCUCCGAACAAACCAUCAGAAAAAGAAAACGCUGAAUGUGUCCUACCCCAACGCUGUAUUGAAUACUAUGGUAAAAGAUCACUUUACCAAUGAGCAGUAUCACGUGCUGGAUCGAACAAAUUCUGCCGACGGACAAGGAGCGGAGUAUUCCAUUCGAUCAGAAAACUCGAUCUUUUUCGAGGUUGAUGGACCGUACCUGGCAAUGGUGCUUCCAGCGGCCAAAGAGGAAGGUAAAAAGCUAAAGAAACGGUAUGCGGUUUUUAACUUUGAUGGGUCAUUGGCGGAGUUGAAGGGUUUCGAGGUGAAGCGACGAGGAGAGCUGCAACUGAUUAAAAUAUUCCAAUCUUCCGUUUUUGAAGCGUUUUUGCAAGGGUCUACUCUGGAGCAGUGUUAUGCGUCCGUGGCAAAAAUCGCUGACUACUGGCUAGAUGUAUUAUACAGCAAAGGACAUAAUAUGCCGGAUAGCGAACUAUUUGAACUGAUUGCAGAAAACCGCUCUAUGUCACGGAAGCUGGAAGACUAUGGCGAACAAAAAUCUACUUCCAUCUCCACGGCGAAACGGUUAGCCGAGUUUUUAGGAGAUCAGAUGGUAAAAGACGCUGGGCUGGCGUGUAAGUUUAUCAUUUCUCGUAAACCAGAAGGAGCCCCCGUCACGGAGAGAGCUAUACCACUGGCAAUAUUUCAAUCGGAAGUAAGUGUACGGCGACACUAUUUGCGACGCUGGCUGAAGGACAAUACAAUGGGCGAUGCAGACAUUCGAGACGUACUCGAUUGGAACUAUUACAUCGAACGUUUGGGAGGAACGAUUCAAAAAAUCAUUACCAUUCCGGCCGCAUUGCAGGGGUUGAACAAUCCGGUCCCACGUGUGCAACAUCCUGAUUGGUUGCAUAAGAAAAUGUUGGAAAAAAACGAUACCUUAAAGCAACGGCGUAUAAGUGAAAUGUUUAGCGUAGCACCACCUAAACCUGCAUCGGCCAGCAACAGUGCGCUUACUGACGUAGAAGAUUUAGUUAGUAAACAGACCAAAGGAGGCCUAACAGGUAUUCCCGUGGCCCAUAAACGUCGUCGCGAAGGGUCCGAAGAUCAAGAAGAAAGUCCAGACAACGAAACGAUUCCGAAAACAUGGCGUGAGGCGCUGGGAGAUCCACCAUCACCUGGUACAAAUAAGGCAGAGUUGAUUGAAUGGCUGCGGUUUCACAAGCGCAAAUGGCGCUGGCAAAUAACGCAACGCGAUCGUCACCAUCGUGAUAUUCGUAACAGCAAGCGGAUUCGUACUGCGGUCGAUGAAGGUUGUAUCAGCAUGGCAGCACCCACUCGAGCUGUAACUUUAGGCGGUUUCCUGCGCAAGACGCAACGCUCAUUGAUUGAGCAAAGCUGGCAGGUUAUACAAAUAUUACCGGUAGACGACCUGGGCAACUUUACCAUUUGGGCUAUGGUAGGCGAAGAGUUGCACAAAAUUCGACUCUCGGUACCACGUAUCUUUUACGUCAACCAACGAACACCGGCUCCUCCUGAAAACGAUGGAACAGAGAAUGGGUCCAAAUCGAUGUGGAAGAAAGUGUACCGCGUGCUGCCUCGUGCGCGACCGGUUUGCCAUCUCUACCAGUACGUAGUUUCAGAGCAGAUAUUUCGCGAUAACCGAUUGGGCUUGCUUGCUGAUCUUGCCACGCCUGACAUUGAGGGCAUUUACGAAACCCAGAUGACACUGGAAUUUCGUGCUCUCAUGGAACUGGGAUGUGUAUGUGCAGUUCAACGAUCAGAAGCUAGGGCACUAGCGGCAUUGGCGACGAAAGAUCUGGAUUCGUUCAACAUACAACAACUCGAAAUGCGCCCCAUUUCUUCUACACCGUACUUAAAGAACUCGACAAACAGUGGGGUGAAUAUGCGAAAAAUAUUCAUUUACCAGCACGUAUCCCCAACAGGAAAGCGCGAAAUGUGGGGUCUAUUCUCACCAGCCAGCAAGAAAGCGAUUGUGAUCGUACUGGAUACGGUACGCACAAAUCAAUUACCAACUGUAAAGAAUCUUUACACCUCUGAACGGAUUGCCCUCUUAACCGCCGGUAAUGAAAGCAAAGAAGAAAUGCUCCCGCCACCGGACAUGACGUUCGAAGUAUAUAUGGAAAUUGAUGCUAAACAAGUAUACCAGCGCGUGACGCGUGCUCUAACUGCAUACCGUGACGAAAAACGUGGCCCAACUCUAUUAUGCCUCCAAACAGCUCUUGGACUGCAUAAGUUGAACCAACAUUUGCCCAUAUGCCUAGAGUUUCCAGAGGUUUCAAUUCACAUUGCAGACGAUGCGGCUCUUCUGUCAGGACUUGAUUGGCAACGCCACGGUGCUCGUUCCAUGAUAAGACACUUUCUCAAUCUAAACCGCGUGCUCCAAAUGAUGCUUGAGCAAUGCCUCUAUUUCCAGCUUCCGUUGGGUAACAUGCCUCCAGACACAGUUCUAUUCGGGGCAGAUUUAUUUUACGCGAGGCUUCUACAACGUCAUAAUUUUGUUCUGUGGUGUUCUUCCGGGGCGCGUCCAGAUCUUGGUGGACGGGAAGCGGAUGACAGCCGAUUGCUGGCUGAGUUCGAAGAUAACAUCUCGAUCGUACAAAACCGUAUGGAUCUUUAUCGUUCCGUUUGCGUUGAGCUAACCGUUGAAAGUUUGGCCGUGUCUGCGCUGCUACAGGCAAGCAAAGUGCAGGAACUAGAGGGUACUUCAUCCGCAAUCACAUUCGAUGUAAUGCCUCAAACAUCGCUAGAAGAUAUGAUCACUAGUGGACCGAACGGUCAGCAGCUUUCUAACUACGAUGAAACGGCUCUCUGCAGUCAAGCAUUUCGGGUAAUGCGAAUCAUGGUCAACGCAUGGUUGCGUGAAGUUUCCAUCAAUCGUAAUGUGUUUUCCGACUUUCAAAUCAUUCAUUUUUAUCGUUGGGUACGGUCGAGCCGUGCCCUGCUGUACGAUCCCGCUUUACGGCGCGCGCUCAAUACUCUUAUGCGGAAGCUGUUUCUACAAAUAGUGGCCGAAUUUCGGCGCAUGAAAGCAGAUAUCAUAUACGCGGACUUCAAUCGCAUCGUAAUUGAUACAGGCAAGCGCACGGUUGCCGAUGCCAUCAGCUACACGGAUUUUGUGGUGCAAAACAUCCGUAAUCGAGAGCUGUUUCACAGCGUUUCGUUAUCCUUUCAUCAGGCAUGGGAAUUUUUGCUGUGGAUUGAUCCUACGAAUUACGGUGGAGUGAGAGGAAAUCUACCGAAAGAUGUGAUUGCUUCGGAAGAAAUAGGCACAUUAACAUCGCAAGCGGAUUCCGAAGAAGAGGAGCUAUCACUCGAAAUGAAUUGGAGCAUCUCCGAACAGCUUCCGGAGGAGAGAAGAUGCCGUCACAAUUUUGAGAGCUUUAUUGUGUCCUUCCUACAAACGAUAGCCGAAGGAGUCUCACCUGAAAUGGCGUUAAAAAAGUUAGCCUGCAUUGCUUACGGGAUGGUGCAGAAAAUGCACGACGGAUAUGCACGUGGUGCGAACGGUCCGGCAUUGGAAUUUAUCAAGGCUGUCACUAAAGCAUUAUCUGCCUGCAAGGAUGCUGGGGAGCAGCUGACAACCAUGCGCCGGAAUAUGUUACUGCUUGUCGGAGUGGGUGACUUUAGUGAUAAGGCGUCUUGGAAGGAUUCGAUAAAAUCAUUCGUUCUCACCGAGGUUAUCUGCCAAGCAUGCAAUCAUUGCCGGGACUUGGAUCUCUGCAAAGAUACUCAUCGAGCAUUGAAGGAUGGCGACUUACCAGUGUGGCUGUGUGCACAGUGUAACGUUGAUUACGAUAAUGUUGAAAUUGAAAUGCGUCUCCUCGACGUUGUUCAACGGAAGCUUAUGUCCUACACGUUGCAGGAUCUACGGUGCAUCAAGUGCAAGCAAAUCAAGCGCGAAAACCUUUCGCAGUAUUGUACCUGUACUGGAAACUUCGAAAACCUAAUUUCUACGACAGAGAUAAGACGCUUGCUGCAGACGUUCCACAUGCUUGCCAAGGAUUAUCGCAUGCGUAUACUUGAGGAAACCGUUCAGCACAUACUACAAACGUAAGCCGUUGCCGUAUUGAGAAUUACUCACAAAGUUCUUCGUAUUGCGAUAGAUCAGUUGCUUUUGGUGUUAGAUACUAGUUUCAAUAACGUUUCUUUUCUUAGCCAAAUA